AAGUCAUCCGCAACAGCAUCUGGUGAUGCCCGGCUCAAGACCUUCCUCCACAGGACAUCUCACGCCGACGCAAGGAGCUUCAACUCUACAUUCGAAAUGGCAUCUAAGCCGAAAUUUUGCUUUGAAAGUGAGCCGCAGGUUACCAUCGAUGAUGUGGAUUGCAAUGAGGAAGAUCGCAUUGCCGCUAGCUUUGCCGGACGUACGCUCUUCAUUACCGGCGGCACUGGCUUCCUUGGCAAAGUGGUGGUGGAAAAAUUGCUCAGAUCCUGUGGCCAGCUGAAGAAAAUCUACUUAUUAAUAAGACCAAAGAAGGGCAAAAAUCCCCAGGAACGUAUUAAGGACAUGUUCAGCAAUGUGCUAUUCGAUAUGGUUAAACAACAACGCGGCGAGGCACAGAUACUAAGUCAAGUGGAGGCGAUUGAAGGCGAUGUGCUGCUGCCAGGUCUGGGCAUUUCAGCAGAGGAUUUAAAAAAAUUGCGCGAAGAAGUAUCCAUCGUUUACCAUUGCGCAGCGACCAUACGUUUCGACGAACCCUUGCGCAAGGCUGUCUUCAUGAAUACGCGCGGAACACUCUACAUGCUGGAACUGGCUGCUACACUUAAACACUUGGACCUAUUCGCUUAUAUUUCCACCGCGUAUUGCCAUCUACACAUCAAGACACUCUACGAAAAGCCCUACGAUCCACCUGCAGAUCCACACAAGGUCAUACAGGCGUGCGAGUGGCUCAACGAUGACGAGGUCUCCACCAUAGAGAAGAAAAUUCUUGGCGAUAUACCCAACACUUAUGCCUAUACCAAAUCGCUCGCCGAGGCGUUGGUAGUUGAGAAAUUCAAUGAGCUACCUGCGGUCAUACUGCGGCCCUCCAUUGUCAUCCCGAUCUGGAAGGAACCCCUGCCAGGCUGGACUGAUAACAUAAAUGGGCCAACUGGUUUGCUGAUCGGCGCCGGCAAGGGCGUAAUUCGUACGAUGUACUGCAACUCAUCUGGGUAUGGCGACUUCUUGCCUGUGGAUAUUGCCGUGAAUGGCAUGCUGGUGGCCAGUUGGCGAUACUUGACGGCAAGCGACCGCAGUCAAGUUAACCCCGUGGCGCAUAUGACGAGUUCAAAUGACAUAAAGGUGUCGUGGAAUGAAAUCAUCGAAUGUGGCCGAUGGGUCAUCGAGAACAAAUUGCCCUUGAAUGGUGUGGCCUGGUACCCGGGUGGAUCGAUGAAAUCGAACUAUUACGUUCACGUGGUGUGUAUGGUGCUCUUCCAUUGGAUACCGGCGCUGUUUGUGGAUGCGCUGUUGAUACUAUUGCGAUAUCCGCCAGUUCUAUGCCGCGUGCAGAAGCGCAUUAAUAACGGUUUUCAGGUUUUCGAGUAUUAUGCGAAUAAUGUUUGGAAUUUCGAUAACACGGAGGCGGUGAAGAUGCGCGGGAUGAUGAAUAAAAAGGAGCGCCUCACCUACAUUAUUGAGAAGAUCGACGUGGACCUGAUUGACUACUUUACUCAGUGCGUGCUCUGUGCGCGUCGGUUGAUACUGAAGGAGAGCGACGAGACCAUACCAGCCGCCAGAAGACACAUGAAAAUCAUGUGGUGCGUGGAUAAGGUGGUCAAAGGGCUGUGGAUCACAUUGAUCGGCUAUCUUUUUUACAGAUAUACUUUCUCCAGCUACUUCAGCAGAUCAACGACAUUGGCUCAACCGCUGGAAUCAUUUUAGUGGACAUUUAUUUUUUUCUAAAAAUAUUUGUCUUUGUUUUAAGUAAAAUAUAGUAGUUAAUUUUUAACCAAAUAAAUCCACAAUUUUUUGAGUAUUUGUAUGGGCAAGUGUUUUCAUGCAUAUGGGCAAAUCUCCGGAACCGUGUGCUUUUGUGGCACUCACCUUCAAAAUAAUUCUAUUAAUGUAAUCAUGAUAAAAACAUAAGAAGGUAAAACCACAAUGUAAUAAACAAAGUGAAAAAAUA